CCCCCAAGCCUCCUCAGCUGUUUCCCCCCAUUUGCAUCUCUAGGAGACAGUAGACAACCAAAGAGGCAAAUACCAUGGCGAUCGGAGAAGCUGUGCUGUCUGCCUUCAUGCAGGCACUUUUCGAAAAAGUGAUUGCUGCUGCUUUGGGUGAGCUGAAACUCCCUCGAGACAUCACUGAAGAGCUGCAGAAUCUAUCGAGCAGCCUGUCAACAAUUCAAGCUCAUGUUGAAGAUGCUGAGGAGAGGCAACUGAAGGAUGAGGCUGCACGCAGGUGGCUUGCCAGGCUGAAGGAUGUUGCAUAUGAGAUGGAUGACUUGCUUGAUGAGUAUGCAGCUGAGGCCCUCCGAUCCAAACUAGAAGGCCCAGCCAACCAUGAUCAUCUGAAGAAGGUCAGGAGCUGUUUCUGCUGCUUUUGGUUGGACAAUUAUUUAUUUAACCACAAGAUAGUGCAGAAAAUAAGAAAAAUCGAGGAGAAGCUCGAUAGGCUUAUCAAAGAAAGACAGAUUAUUGGUCCAAACAUGAUCAGUGGGACUGAUAGGCAGGAGAUAAAAGAGAGGCCCAAGACAAGUUCACUGAUCGAUGACUCAAGUGUGCUUGGAAGAGAAGAAGAUAAAGAGAUCAUUGUGAAGAUUUUGCUGACCCCUAAUAACUCAAACCACACACACCUUUGUAUUCUUCCCAUAGUGGGUAUGGGGGGACUAGGAAAGACGACUCUAACACAGCUCGUCUACAAUGAUGCAAGAGUAAAGGAGCAUUUCCAGUUAAGGGUGUGGCUGUGUGUUUCUGAAAAUUUUGAUGAGAUGAAGCUUACCAAGGAAACCAUUGAAUCAGUUGCCAGCGGGUUCUCAUUGGCCACGACAAACAUGAACUUGCUUCAAGAAGACCUCUCAAAAAAGCUGCAAGGUAAAAGAUUUCUUCUAGUCCUUGAUGAUGUAUGGAACGAGGACCCUGAAAAAUGGGAUAGAUAUCGCUGUGCUCUAGUUACUGGGGAAAAGGGAAGCAGGAUUGUAGUUACCACACGAAACGAAAAUGUGGGGAAACUAAUGGGUGGGAUGAUUCCUUACCAUCUAAAGCGGUUAUCAGACAAUGAUUGCUGGCAGUUGUUCAAGAACCAUGCAUUUGUAGAUGGUGACUCCAGUGCACACCCAACUUUGGAACUAAUAGGCAAGGAAAUUGUGAAGAAGUUGAAAGGCCUGCCGCUGGCCGCAAAAAUGAUAGGUAGUUUGCUAUGUGUCAGGGAUACGGAAGAUGAUUGGAAGAACAUAUUAAAGAGUGAAAUGUGGAAACUACCGUCAGAUAAGAACAAUAUAUUGCCAGCUCUGAGAUUGAGUUACAGUCAUUUGCCUGCCAUAUUGAAGCGAUGUUUUGCAUUUUGUUCAGUAUUUCCAAAAGACUAUGUGUUUGAGAAAAGAAGGUUGGUCCAGAUCUGGAUGGCCCUUGGGUUCAUUCAGCCUCAAGGAAGGAGAAGGAUGGAAGAAAUUGGGAGUAACUAUUUUGAUGAAUUACUAAGCAGAUCCUUUUUCCAACAUCACAAGAGUGGAUAUGUGAUGCACGAUGCCAUGCAUGACCUAGCACAGUCUGUCUCAAUUGAUGAAUGCCUAAGACUGGAUGAAUGCCUAAGGCUUCCUGACCCUCCACACAUCAGCAGCCCUGCAAGAAAUGCCAGGCACCUGUCAUUCUCUUGUGACAAUAGAAGCUGGACCUCAUUUGAAGCUUUUGUUAGAUUUAAAAGAGCACGCACACUUCUACUACUGAAUGGAUAUAAAUCGAUAACAAGCCCUAUCCCCAGUAAUCUGUUCCUCAAGGCAAAAUACCUCCAUGUGCUUGAUCUGAACCGAAGAGACAUUACAGAGCUGCCAGAUUCUAUUGGGAACUUAAAAUUGCUUCGAUAUUUGAAUCUCUCAGGCACUGGAAUAAAAAUGCUGCCUUCAUCAAUUGGCAGGCUCUUCAGCUUGCAAACACUAAAGUUACAAAACUGCCUUGCACUAGAUUACCUCCCAAAGAGCAUAACCAAUCUCGUAAAUCUUCGAUGCCUAGAAGCAAGAACAGAGUUGAUCACUGGCAUAGCUGGAAUAGGGAACUUGACUUGCCUUCAACAGUUGGAGGAAUUUGUUGUCCGUAAGGACAAAGGAUACAAGAUCAGUGAAUUGAAGGCAAUGAAGGGGAUCACAGGGCGUAUUUGCAUUAAGAAUCUUGAGAGUGUGUCUAGUGUGGGAGAGGCAAAGGAAGCUUUGCUAAGCGAGAAGACAUGGAUCAAUGCUCUACACCUAGUAUGGUCUGAUAGGAUGCGCUUGACUUCAGAAGAAGCAGAUCGAGAAAUAGAGAUACUUGGAUACCUCCGACCACAUCAUGAACUCACUGAGCUGACCGUCAAGGCAUUUGCAGGCUUCUACUUUCCAAAUUGGUUGGUUAGUCUCGCACACUUGCAAACCAUCCACCUGUCUGACUGUGCAAACUGUUCAAUUCUACCAGCGCUUGGAGCGCUCCCUCUACUCAAGUGUUUAGAUAUUGGGGGUUUUCAUGCCAUUAUUCAAAUCAACCAAGACUUUUCAGGAACCAGUCAAGUUAAGGGGUUUCCAUCACUGAAGGAACUCGUAUUUGACGACAUGCCUAAUCUCAAAAGGUGGGCUUCUGUACAAGACGGUCAGUUGCUUCCGUCCCUCACAGAACUUGCAGUGGUUGACUGCCCUCAACUAAAGGAAUUCCCAUCCCUCCCCUCGACACUAGUGAAGCUCAAAAUUUUUGAAACAGGUUUCGCUAUUCUUCCAGAAAUACAUACAAGUUCUCAAUUUCCAUCAUCAUUGGCAUGCCUACAGAUUCACAAGUGUCCAAAUCUUACAUCCUUAGAGCAAGGAUUGCUUUGCCAGAAAUUAUUGGCUCUCCGGCAAUUAACCAUCACUGACUGUCCAGAAUUAACCCACCUGCCAGUUGAAGGAUUCAGAACCCUGACUGCUCUUAAGAGUAUUCAUAUUUAUGACUGUCCAAAGCUGGCACCAUCCCGAUCCCGACAGCAUAGCUUGCUGCCCUCCAUGCUUGAAGAUCUACGCAUCAGCUCAUGCUCCAAUCUUAUCAACCGUCUUCUUCGAGAGAUUGACGAGAUCUCCUUGUUGACAAAUCUUGCCAUCACUGAUUGUGCCAGCCUUCACUAUUUUCCAGUAAAGCUCCCUGCCACUCUGCAAAAAUUGGAGAUCUUCGAUUGCAGUAAUCUGAGAUGCUUGCCUCCUGGCCUAGAAGAGGCAUCACGUUUAACAGCUAUGACCAUUUUGAAAUGUCCUCUUAUACCAUGCUUGCCAGAAAAGGGCCUCCCACAAUCAUUGAAAGAAUUGUACAUCAAGGAAUGCCCGCUGCUAACAGAGAGUUGCCAAGAAAAUGGUGGACAAGAUUGGCCUAAAAUUGCUCAUGUACCAACCAUAGAUAUUGAAGAUGAUAGUACCUUGACUGACAGGAGCAUAAGAAGAAGAUUAUCCUGAAUGCAUCAUGGCAACACAACAGAGAUCAUCAUUUGGACUCUGAAUGUCUUUCGGACAAUGCCGAUGCUUCAAGAGCAUUAUACUGUAUGUGUUCCACCUGCCAUCAGAAUGCAGUAGUCCAAUGUACAAAACUAGAAGGACUAGAUGGUUCAAUCGAUACUUUUGAAGAAAAAUAGGUAGUUUCAGCAGACAAAGUGUAAAAGGCAAUACUGGCAUGUAGUUAUGUCAGGUUCUUUCUGUUUGUGUAACCACAUUCCAAACAUUGGGAACCUGUGUUUUUAAUAGUAUCAUCAUGUCGCCUAGUAUUUGUUUAUUUUUGUCUCUCUCUCUUUUUUUUUCUUUUUUUGAGGAACUAUGGGGGGCUUGUUAGGCCGGCCUGAACAUUUGUAUUGCAAAACUGAGAACAAGUUUACAGGCAAGCAGAAGUGACAGGGUGGAGUGGGA